AUGUCUUUUAAUUUAUCAAUUCCUGUUAAGACUACUAAUAUUCCAUAUCCAGUAUUAAUUGCUGUUGGUAUUAUUAAUGAAUCAAAUUUAGAUGUCUCUAUUUCAAUUGAAUUCAUUGAUGAAAAAGAAAUUGAUGGUGGAAAUUUAAAAUUGACUACCCCUGGUGAAACUUUUAUUUCUCAAUUAGAUGCUUUAGAUUAUUUAGGUCAAACUUUUCCAAAGUUAUUAUUAGAAAAGACUAAAUCACAAGAUUGGAUUAAAUUUGCUUUAGAUAAAUUUUAUAUUAAAAAUUUUAAAGAAUUAACUUUUGAUUUAGAAAAAUUGGAUCAUCAUUUAAAUUUUAGAUCUUUCAUUAUUGGUUAUAAUUUGUCAUUAUCUGAUAUUGCAAUUUGGGGUGUUUUAAGAGCAAAUCCUUUAAUGGGUUCAGUUUUAAAAAAUGAAGUUUAUCAAAAUAUUUCAAGAUGGUAUAAUUUUAUUGAAUCAUUAUCAGGAGCUUUUAACGGCUCGGUUGAAUUAUUAACUAAAUCUACAAAUGAAUUGAAAAAAUCAGCUAAAUCAGCUAAAGCUCAAGCUACUGGUAAAAAAGAAACCCAUAAAGCUAAUUUUGAAAUUGAUUUACCUGGUGCUGAAAUUGGAAAAGUUGUAACUAGAUUUCCACCUGAACCUUCUGGUUAUUUACAUAUUGGACAUGCUAAAGCUGCUAUUUUAAAUGAAUAUUUUGCACACGCUUAUAAAGGUAAAUUAAUUAUUAGAUUUGAUGAUACUAAUCCAUCUAAAGAAAAAAUGGAAUUUCAAGAUUCAAUUAUUGAAGAUUUAGAAUUAUUAGGUAUAAAAGGUGAUAAAAUUACUUAUUCUUCUGAUUAUUUUGAUGAAAUGUAUGAAUUAGCUGUUAAAAUGAUUAAAGAUGGUAAUGCAUAUUGUGAUGAUACUCCAGUAGAACAAAUGAGACAAGAACGUAUGGAUGGAGUCAAAUCUUGCCGUAGAGACAGAUCAAUCGAAGAAAAUCUCGCUAUCUUUCAAGAAAUGAAGGAAGGUAGUGAGAUUGGAUUGAAACAUGUCUUACGUGCCAAGAUUGACUUCGAAAAUAAUAAUAAAGCUUUAAGAGAUCCAGCAAUUUACAGAUGUAAUUUACAACCACAUCAUAGAACAGGUUCAAAAUGGAAAAUGUACCCAAUCUAUGACUUCUGUAACCCAGUUGUCGAUAGUAUCGAAGGUAUUACUCAUUGUUUAAGAACUAAUGAAUAUAGAGAUAGAAACCCACAAUAUGAAUGGAUUCAAAAAGCUUUAGGUUUAAGAUCAGUUAAUAUUUGGGAUUUUGGUAGAGUUAAUUUUGUCCGUACAUUAUUAUCAAAAAGAAAAUUACAAUGGUUUGUUGAUAAAAAUUAUGUUUCAAAUUGGGAUGAUCCAAGAUUUCCUACUGUUAGAGGUGUUAGAAGAAGAGGUAUGACCGUUGAAGGUUUAAGAAAUUUUAUUAUUUCACAAGGUCCAUCAAAGAAUAUUAUUAAUUUAGAUUGGUCAGUUAUUUGGUCAUUAAAUAAAAAAGUUAUUGAUCCAGUUGCUCCAAGAUUUACAGCUGUUUUAUUUGAAAAUGCAGUUCCUGUUAAAUUAGAUGGUCCAGAACAAACUAAAAUUGAAUUAAAACCAAAACAUAAAAAAAAUCCAGAAGUGGGUGAUAAAAAAGUUGUUUAUUCAAAUGAAGUUUUAAUUGAUCAAGAAGAUGCUGAUUUAAAAGAAGGUGAAGAAAUUACAUUUAUGGAUUGGGGUAAUAUUAUUAUUACAAAAGUUGAAAAGGAUAAUGAUGUUGUUAAAUCAAUUGAAGCUAAAUUACAUUUAGAUGGUGAUUUUAGAAAAACAAGUAAAAAAAUUACUUGGUUAGCAAAUACAUCAGAUAAAAUUGAAGUUGAUUUAGUUGAUUUUGAUCAUUUAAUUACAAAAGAUAAAUUAGAUGAAGAUGAUAAUUUUGAAGAUUUUAUUACUCCAAAAACUGAAUUUCAUACAAAAGCAUUUGCUGAUUUAAAUGUUGCAAAUUUGAAAGCAGGUGAUAUUAUUCAGUUUGAAAGAAAAGGUUAUUAUAGAGUUGAUCAACCUUUUGAACAAGGUAAACCUGCUGUUUUAUUUACUAUUCCUGAUGGUAAACAAGUUUCAAGAUAUGGUGCGAAAAAGUAA